AAUGAAGAGAAGAAGUGAUGAAGACCCCAUUGAAGCCCUCCAGCUAUUUCCCAUCCCCACUUCUCAUAUUAUUUCCAUCUCCUUUUUUUAGCCAUUUUUCUCUAAAUCCAAACGCCUCUACUUUCCCUUCUCUAAGAAUCAGCAGAAAAAUAGCUUAACAGAAAACUAUGCAAAUGGGUUUAACUGUUGCGUUUUUUCUUUUCUUCUCUGUAUUCUUAACUCCCUCUUUAUCACAGCGCCAUUCGCCGCUAAAUACUGCAUAUUACACGAGAUCAUGUCCAAGAUUUGAACAAAUUAUGCAAGAAACCACUACAAACAAACAGAUCACUUCACCUACUACCGCCGCCGCCACCCUCCGCCUCUUCUUCCACGACUGCUUCGUCGGCGGCUGCGACGCCUCCGUCCUCGUCUCCUCCACUCCUUUCAACAAAGCCGAACGUGACGCCGAUAUCAACCUUUCUCUCCCCGGCGACGGAUUCGAUGUAAUUGUACGCGCCAAAACGGCGCUUGAACUUACUUGCCCCGGAGUUGUCUCUUGCUCCGACAUUCUCGCCGUCGCUACCCGGAAUCUCGUCGUACAAACCGGAGGUCCGUUUUAUCCAGUUCAUUUGGGCCGUAAAGAUUCUUUUAUUUCAAAAGCUUCGUUGGUAGAAGGAAAUCUGCCCCGACCCACAAUGCCGAUGGAUCAAAUCAUUAAGAUUUUCGGGUCAAAGGGGUUUUCGGUUCCGGAAAUGGUAGCAUUAUCCGGUGCUCACACAAUUGGGUUUUCACAUUGUAAAGAGUUCAGCUCAAAUCUUUACAAUUACAACAAAACUUCACAAUAUGAUCCUUCUUACAACCCCAGAUUUGCUCAAGCUUUGAGAAAUGCUUGUGGUAAUUACCAGAAAGAUCCAACAUUGUCCGUUUUCAACGAUGUAAUGAGUCCUAAUAAAUUCGAUAACAUGUACUACCAGAAUUUACCCAAGGGUCUGGGUCUGUUGUCUUCCGACCGGGGUCUGUUUUCAGAUCCGAGAACGAGAAUUCAUGUUGAAGAGUAUAUUAGAGAUCAAAAUGCAUUCUUUAAGGCGUUUGCUUCAGCAAUGCAGAAGCUUAGUGAGCAUGGUGUUAAAAUUGGGAGAAGUGGUGAGAUCAGGCACAGGUGUGAUGCUUUCAACAAUUGAACUACUUGAGGUCCGGGGUGUUGAUUAUGUUACUGUAUGUUUUUUUGGGGUUCGAAUUUCUUUUUUGAAUUUAAUCACUUACAAGGUGAAAGCAAAAACUUAUAAUAUGUAUACAAUGCUUUUUACUUCCAUUUAUUUAGAUUAGAAAGCUCUCAUUUUGCUCUGCUUCAGUUCUGUUUCGGAACUACUACUACUACGACUUGUGAUUAGUGUGAAGUACUACAUUAUAUUGAAAGGGUGUAUGUUGAGAUGCACUUAAGAGGCUAUUCGUUCGUCAAAUUUGAUUCAAUAAGAAAUGAAACCGUAAAUAGAGUUUGUAAAA